AUGCUGGUAAAAAUUGAGGAUUCCGACGAGACAGUCAUAAAAGACUACCAAACCCUGUCGGACGUGGAGUACGACGAGGGAAGCAGCAACCACGUGAUAUUCCAAGCGGAACCGAAACAGUCGCGAUGGAACCACAUCGUCGAUCUCGACUCGUUCUUCACGCGAGCCUACAGCUACCACCAGAACCACGGCUUCCUCUGCAUGCUGCUGCAGGAGAUAUUCGAGCUGAACCAGUUCGCGUUCAUAGUCGCGCUGUCGGCGUAUCUGGCCCACGGGGUCAACUACGAGAAGCUGUUCCAUAGGGGUGCCACGAAGACCACGAUGAACGAGGUUAUAUUGCCGCUGAGCGAAUGCAUCGGGAACUUUAUUUGGAUCACGUGGAUUCUCCUGUUGAUCGCCAUGGCGGUUUUCGCUCUCAAGUUCAUAAGGGGUGUCUACCAAAUCAUACAGUUCUGGGAUAUAAAGCAGUUCUACAACAUAGCGCUCGGUAUAAGGGACAAGGAGGUGGAUACCAUAACGUGGAAUGAAGUUCAGGCUAGAAUCAAAGUUGCGCAGUUGCAACACCGGAUGUGCGUAGACAAACGAGAGUUAACCGAGUUGGAUAUCUACCACAGGAUACUGCGGCAGAAAAAUUACAUCAUAGCUCUGGCUAAUAAGAGAUUAUUGCCGCCUAGAAUCGAUAUACCCUUGGUCGGUGAGGAAGUAUAUUGGACGAAAACUCUAUGCUACAACAUGCAAUGGUUGCUUUUUUGGUCACCUUGGUCGCCUUUCGAAAACCGUUUCAACUUGAGGGAGGAGUACAAACAAGUCAGUUUGAGGCAGGAGUUGGCAACGCAGCUAGGCCGUCACGUGCUCUAUUUGGCCUUCGUUAAUCUCAUAUUCGCCCCGCUCAUUCUACUCUGGCAAAUUUUAUACGCCUUCUUCUACUACGCGGAUUUGUUCCGGCGCGAUCCCGCCAAAGUCGGAUUGAGAAAUUGGUCUCUGUACGCUCUACUGUAUCUACGACAUUUCAACGAGUUGGAUCACGAGGUCGCCGAUAGACUCACCAAAGCCCACAAGGCCGCCACAAGAUACGUAGCUGCGUUCAGUUCCCCGUUAACGACUCUUAUAGCGAGCCACGUCAGUUUUAUAUCGGGCUCUAUAAUGGCGGUUUUCAUCGCUCUAACGUUGUACGAUGAGGAUGUUUUAAGUGUUGAGCAUGUUAUUACACUGAUUUCGGGUCUGGGGGUCAUAGUGGCCAUAUGUAGGGCCAUGCAGCCCGACGAGAACGCGUCUUGGAAUACGGAGUCUUUACUAAGCGCUGUCGUCUUGCACACGCAUUAUUUACCGGCGGAUUGGCAGGGCCACGCUCACACGAAGAGAAUCAGAAAGAAGUUCGAGCAGUUGUUUCAGUAUCGCGUUGUGGGUUUGGUGGAAGAGUUGUUGUCCCCGAUCGUGACGCCGUAUAUACUGUGGCGGUGCAUAUACCCCAAAUCCUUGGAUAUCAUAGAUUUUUUCCGCAACUUCACCGUGACGGUUGUAGGGGUUGGCGAUGUGUGCAGCUUCGCUCAAAUGGACAUAAAGCGGCACGGCCACCCCGACUGGCACAACGAGCAGGAAGCCUCCGACGCGAACCAGUACUCGCAGGCCGAGGACGGUAAAGUGGAGCUCUCGCUGGUGCACUUCAAGAUGACCAAUCCCAUGUGGGUGCCGCCGCUGAGCGCCAUGGAGUUCGUGAGCGACGUGGAGCAGUACAACGUGUCCAACAGCAUGCUCAACUUCCCCGCGGGGAAGAGUGCGCCCAUGCAGAGGGAGUCGCGCCGCCUGGUGCGGCUCAGCGACAGCGUUUUGUCCCCGAGCGGGUUCACCAAUCAACAGUUACGAUACACUAUCUACGAUUCGGUGGGGCAGAGCGUCAUGUACUUGCACGGCGUCAACAAGAAUAAGUCCUCGGUGGCCGAUGAGGAUACGGAGCAGCAAGAUUGA